AUGGCUCAAAUAUGCCACCUUCCUUGUUUUCGCAUGACUGUCCGGAAUCCAGGAGAACCACUCGGCUUAGUACAUGGUAACUCAAGCGCGGACGUGCAUGCUUUAGUCAUGCAACGGACACUUCAUAGUCUGACUACAUCUGAUAAGCCCCGGUGUCACAGCGCCUACAGCAUACCAUCGGGUUCCUCAACAGCCACAUGGUGUCUCCGCAAAAUCAAGUGGAGCCGUCGAAGAGUCGCAGCGGUGAAGAGAGGGAGAAGGGAAAAACAGCGGACAUGCUCGAGCACGUGA